GCCUUUGGAAUUUCUUAGAAUGGUUUCGAAGUAUUAAAAAUAAAGGCAUGAUUUAAAACCAUUUACAAUGAAGUGUAAAAACAAUGUUGAUGGGGGAAUUUGUGGAGAAGAAAUCCCUCAGUCUUCAAAGUUUUGUCUGGCAUGUGGUGGUAAAGUAGCCAGAGAAGAUGACACCACUACUAAAGCUUGUCCUCAUUGUUCAUCUUUAAUAACAAAGAGACAGAAAUUCUGUUCUGGAUGUGGAUGGAGGAUAGAUCCCAGCAUAUUUUUGGCACCUAAAAUUUUUUGCGCUGGGAAAGAUGAUGAUGGAAAUACAUGUGGAGCAGAAUUGAUUCCUGGAGUUAAAUUUUGUCCAGAAUGUGGCAAUGACCAGAGCAAGUUAAAUGAACAAAAUACAGCUGCAAAAAGUGAAUCUGAAUCUGUUCCUGUAGAAAGACAAACAGAAGACUGUUCAAGGGUACAUUAUCUCCCAAACACAAGACGCUCCCCACAACAAAGUUCAGGAUCUGGGUCAUCAAGUCGAUCAGAUAGUCCUGAUGCAUGGAAACCUCCCGGUAUGUUAUCUUCCAUGCCAGAUUCAACAGAAGAGGACACAGUGGAUAGUGACAUGCAGAGAGUGGCUGGUGGUCCUCAACCUGGAUUGUCAGAAUGUCUUGAUGACAGAGAAAUGGCAGUACAGAAUGAGGAGGGUCAAGGUGAUACAGUCAGGAAUGAGGAAAAUACCAAAGAAGCUGGAUCACAGCUUCCAGCUAGUGCUUCAAAUGAGCCUUCAGAGUCACCAGUUAACAAUUUGGACAAGAACAAUCAACAAUCUGAAGCAAUGGAAACUGAUGAAACUCAAACUAAAGAAAAAACAACUCCUAAAAGUGACCAUACAUCUGAGGAUAACAUGAAUGACCAAUCUACUCAACCAGAAUGUCCAACUCUAGGACCUUCUUUGUCAGAAUCAGGUAAUCCAAUAACUUCUGAUGAGCCAAUGGAAGUCCCAGUAUCAGAAACUGGUUUGACAAAAACUGAAACCAAUGAAACAGAAAAACUAGUUACAACUCCCCCUGUGAAUGAAGAAAUUCCUCCUCAUAGUUUUGUAGCUAAUAGUAUGGGUAAUGCAGGUGCAAAAAAUAAAGUACAGCAGCUAGCUCAAACUUUUGAGAAGAAUGUCAAUGUUAGAAGUCCAGAGAAAGUUAAAACACAAGCAACAGGAUCUGAACAUCAACAGGACCAAGAUGUCAAGAAUGGAAAUGUUCCUCCAGACUCAGUGGUUUCAGAAAAUGUUGAUGAAACUGGAGAUGCCAAACCACCAGCUUCAGAAGAUGAAAAAGACUGGAAGAAUUCCCCACUUCCUGAUUCUUCCAGUAGUGAUGAUGAUGAAGAUGGAGAAGAAGAAGAAGAAGAUGCAGACAAAGAAGACAUAGGAGAAGGAGAAGAAGAAGAAGACACAAAACCAGAUCCAUCUGUCAAAUCAAAACAUAAGAAGAAGGGGAGGAAACGAAGAAAAUUGGAGGAAGAAAAGAAGAGAGACAGAAAAAAGCGUAAAGAAGAGAAAAACAAGGCUGAAACUGAUGGGACAUCUGACAUUUCAAAGAAACAAGACAAAAAAGAAAAGAAAGGUAAAACACAGUCUAAAGAGGAGAAAGAUGAGGAAAUGAAACAGUUAGCAGCAAAUGAAGAAACCAGAGUGGGUGAUAAAGAUAGAAAAAAUCAAACAAAUAAGUCUACUGUUGCAGAAAAAAUUCAAAAAUCAACAGAAACUGCUUCAACCAGCACACAAGCAUCAGGGCAAUCAUAUGCCAGUGUGACUGCUAACAAUGCUACAUCAGGCAAAGGGUCAAACCAGAAAGGGAAACAGUUUGUAGAUAUUUACUUUCAUUGUAUUGUUGCUGCAAACUUAAUAUCAAGUUUUGAGAGAGACAAAUUAUUUGUUGUUUUUGAAGAUACAACACUUGGUGGAUGGAAAUCAAGAAAAUAUCAAAUGAAAGGUCUCAGAGUCUUAAAGGAUGAUUCUGUUGAAUUUUCUGGGGUUGUUGCUAUGCCAAAGGGACAAGUGUACCGUAGACAAAACUACAAUUAUGUCAUUACACAUGGACAGACUGAAACAUGGGAGUUUGUUUAUUACUCUGGUGGACUCUCAGGAAAUUCAUUGUAUAGAACUUUAAAUAUAAACGGCAAGGAUUUGAAAAAAGGUGUAUAUCACAGAUAUGAUGGAGUAGUGAGAGACAAUCCAACAAAGAAUAAAGGACUACUACAGCAGUUUAAAGAAUUCUUUAUUGGGGAUGAAUACAAGAAGAUUUUAUACAGAGAUGCUGAGCAUGCCAGUUUGACAUUCCUACCCCACUGGCAAAUUACAUCUCUCAGUGCUGAUGGAAUCAAUGGAGAAGAAAUUAUAAACCAUGUCAACUUUGUUGUUGAUGGAUUGAGAGAAACAUAUUGCAGAUUAGCUGGUUUGUGGCAUGGUUCAGACUUUGACAAAGUGGUAGCAACUAUACUGCAACCAUCACUCCUUAGGAUUCUUGUUGUGCUUCGAAACAGGGAAGGUCUUGAAAAUGAGGCAAAGCUAUUGAAUUUAGUAACUGGUAUAACUAUUGCAUAUCUGUCAACAGAAUAUAACAUAAACUUGGAAAAUUGGGGAACAAAUGUUUUAUGUGAAGUGUUACUGCCCUUGAUUGAUUUCCAGAAACAGCACCCAUACAAUCUUGAAGGACUGCAGUCAUUUUUUCCAAACACAAUGAAAAUUGCCGCUGAAGGAGUACUGAAUCUAUCAAGGCGUAUUGCUGCCUCAACCUCUAAUCCUUUAUGGACAUACUGUAUACCAGUGAUACAUUUCUUGCAAGGCAAAUGUAUUCCAUUUGAACAAACUCCAACCAAAGUGAAUCAUAAUGAUGUUAGGCCAGAAUGGUGGGGAACUGUUGAAUACAAGAAUGAUAUUGAUUAUUUUAAAGCAAAAUCAGUGCCUUGGGAAAGCUCACCAGCUAUGGUCCUAAAGGCUCUUAAUCCUUAUUUCACAAUGGAUUACCUUUUGCCAAGGUCGUUUAUGACUACAUUGAAGUUAGAACAGAUACCAGACAUUGCUAGGAGUGGAUGCUUUCAAUCUGACAUAAUUUUAGCAGCGAUAUCAUACUAUGCAAAAAUGACUUCAACAAGUUGGACAACAGAGACAAGAGAUAAAAUUUUAACAGAGCUGUUCAAACAAGUUAUAAUUCAAAAUACGGCAGAUGAGACUAAAGCAAUAACUUUCAUUGAUGCUUGGAGGUCAUUAAAGAUAUCAGCAGAUAUUGUGAGGGAAAAUUUUAGAUUUAAAUAUGGGACCAAACCAACAAGAAUGAUUAUGAUGGAAGCAUUUCUGGUGACUUUAGAUUUGUACGACAAAACACAAACAGAUGCUGAUUUCAAGAGGAAAGAAAUCAAAGAUAAAAAAAUAUCCAAAGAGGAUCAUAUGGCAUUUUUUGCAGAAUUUAGAUUUGAUUUUUGUGACUGGAUGUCAAAAGCACCAUUUUACAAAGAGGAACUAGCAUAUCUUGAGCGUUGGAAUGCUGCUUUAAAAUUCAAUAUACCUAAAGGUCCUAUUAGGGAUGACUACUUCAAGCAUGUGGAGGAACAUUUUCAGCUGGAAAUGCAAUUAAAGGGUUCUGAUGAUGAAUUGGUGAAGAUUUACCUACUUCACAAUGAAGCAUUUGAGAGUGCUGUGCAGGCAAUUUUAAGUGAAGUUGCUCUUAAGGCUAUACAGAACUGCAGAAAUUUUGAUAUGAAGAUCAUGAGUGAAGACAGAGUGGUAAUGAGGUUUGGAGAUUUGAUCAACAAUGUUCUGGAGAGAAAUUGGGACCAAAGUCAGAACAGAAACCCUCAUCAGACUUUAGAGCAUGCAAUAACUUGGGCUCCUUUUCCAACGUUUAUUGAAAUGUAUUACAAAUUUUCAAAGCAUUUGAAAAGUGAUUGCCUAAAGUUACUUGAUGAAUCAAUCAAGAUAUUGAAGAACACAGUUGCUCAGUUACUUUGUGGUAGUAUUAUGAUAAAAGAUCUGCAGAUAAUAUUGGAGAAAAGAGAGAACUUUCAAAAAGUUGUUCAAUCUAUGAAAGAUGAGAAGGUCAACGUUACAAUGUUAACCCUGAAUCUAAGAGAAAAAGAGUUCCAGACUUAUGCUAAAGUUCUUAAGACUGUUAAAGAAUUCCUGAAUUACAGCAUCCAUUGCAAAGCUGAUACAUUUGAAAUGGAGAAACAAAUCAGAGAUUUGGAGAAUUUAGGGACAUAUCCUCUGAACUACCUUGUUAAUACUAUGUCAUUUGAUGAAAUAGCAGAUCUAGAGAAACACAGGCCAUUUGUUAAGAUCUUUAAACUUAGUCAGGAUCAGCUUGAUGUACUACCAGACAUUGUGGAAUGCAGCAUAGGACUUCUUUUUACAAAGCUAUGGGAAGAAAGAGGUAUUGAGUUGAAGAAAAAAUUAGGAAGAAAAUUGAAUAUUGAAGAAGUUUUAAGUGAUGUAUGGGAACCAACUGCUAAUCAUUGGCAAACUAUCUGUCAGCAGUUAAAAAGAGGGGAUUUAUUAUUUUCUGAAUUUGAAAGGUUUUUCAAGAAGACUGAAAUAGACAAUUUAAGAUGUGAACUAAUGCUUCUUGAUAGAGAAGGAAAUACAAAAUGGGUUGAAGAAAGAAUUGACCAGAUAGAAAAAUACAGAAAUCUGAAAAGUUGUGAAUUUGGUGCAGAGGCCAUAUUGGAAGUAGUAAAAGCUUUUGAUCUAAAGGGAGACUUCCGUCAAAUUAUGGAGAUUUGCAAAUAUGUGAGCAUUAUAUAUGAUAAGCCAUACUACUCUUUAAAUACAUCACAGAUUUUUAAUAUGACAAAGGGAGCUGACACUAGUAUGAACAAGCUUGACAGAUCAUUACUGAAAACCUGCUCUGUCCUGAGGGAAGUUACAACAGACAGAGCUGAAUGUUUAAAAACAUUUAUCAGAUGUAAACAACUUGUUGAUUGGUUGAGAAAAACUAUGCCAUCUGGGCUGAAAGAAUUAAAGGUGUUUGUUGACUUGGCCAGUAUUUCUGCUGGAGAAGGAGACAUGGAGAUUGACAAGGUCAACUGUCUCCACUCAGCAACAACUGGGUAUGCUCCACUGAUAUUCAAUUUGGAGAAAGACUGCAAUACAAAGAUCUUCCUGAAUAAGUGUCAAGAAGUCUGGAAAGAAUUGUUAGCAAACCCAACACUUCCAAAGAAAUUGAUUGACACCAAUAGACAGUUGGCAUGGUUACAGACAGUAAAACAAUCUCAUGGUUCAGUAGAAGUUAGCUCCCUUCAACAGGCUGAAGCUAUAAACACCAAAGGAAUUUAUCAAGUUGGCAAUUUGAAGAAAAUUGAAAAUCUUCGAAAAACUAACUUGAAUGAAGUAUUGGAACUUAGAGUUGCUGAAGAUGAUCUUGAAGGCAAUGUUGCUCAGAGAAAGCUCUACAGAUAUGAUCAACUUCAUGACCUUCAGUCCAGACUUAUGUUAGUAGCUGGGAAAGCAGAGAAAGGAAAAGAUGAUGUGGAUAGAUUUAUGGAGAUUUUGGAUGGUGUAGUCCGACUUGGAAAUAUUUAUGCCAAACUAGUAGAAGAAGGCUGCGUUUUGUUCUCUCAGUGGCAUGUAAAAUUUCUCUGCGACCGAGGAAGACAUGCAUGUGCUUUCAUAUACUUUGGAUAUGGAGAGGACAGACAAACAUUAAAAGGAAGAGUUGAUGAGUCCAGUCAAGAUGUUAGUGCUAUUAUACCCAAAAUAGCGAAAUUUCUUGAGCAGUGUCAUGAAAACUGGCUGAGAUACAUAGAUGAGAAGAGAGAAAAAUAUUAUUGCUUGAAUUUCUUCACAAUUGAUCAGAUGGUGAUAUUGCAACAAGAACUUGUUAAAAUUGGCUCCAAUCAUGAGCCGUCUGCUCUCAUUUAUCCACUGUUGUCUGCUGUUAAACAGGGAUGUACAAGAGAAGAUCUUGUGAAAGCUAUGUCUGCUGCCAAAGAGGAUGUGGAACAUAUGGAUAGAAGAAGACAAGAAGAAGAAGAAACAAAAGAAAGUGAAGAAGAAGUUAUGGUAGAAGUUGAAGAACCAGAUGAAAUCAAAACCAGUAAAUUUUUACAUGAAAUGAUAACAGCAGGAUACAAUAUGGAGCUAGCAAAAGAAGCUCUGAAAAAUGUGGGACCAGAUGAUGUUGAUGGAGGUAUUGUUUGGUGCAUGGAUAACGAGGAUGAUUUCCAAGCCAUGGAUGUAGAUGAACCAGGCAGAAAAUCUCCUGGUUUACCAGAGGAGCAGGCCUUCAGUAGAUUUACAGGAUGGACCCAGUCAGAGCAGUCAUUGGCAUCCAGAACAGGAAGUCUAGUCCAUCACCUGGGAAUGGGAACUGGAGAAAAUAAUGUAGAAAUAUUAAUCAAAGCUCUGGAAAGUCUUUGGGACACAUUUCUUACAUCCAUUUCAUCUAGUGUAUCAGACUACCUUAGUGUAGAACAUCUAGGGAUGAUUCUUAAUAGACUCAAAGAACAAGAAACAUUUGAAGUUGACAGGUCAUAUUUACCUUGUUUCAAUAUGGGAGAACCAAACUUGAUUAUUUGUCGUCAACGUGAUAUAUACAACACAGUAAUAUCAGUCUACAGCCAUGAAGAUGACCGACCACUGCCACAGUCAGAUGAGGUGUUACUCUGUACACCACAAACUACACUGGAUAUGCUGGAAAUAUUCUGGAGAAAAUCCCUGUUUGCAGACGACAGUAAAGUCUAUUGUUUAGUAAAUGCUGAUCUUCUAGAUUAUGAAGUUAGUGACAAGGGAGAGAAAUCUUUGGAAAGACAUAUGAAACAGGCUGAUAGUAAAGGAAGGAACUAUAGACUGGUUGUGAUAUGUAGCAGUGAAAAUGAAGAUAGGUCGAGAAUAGUUGCUGCCCUCGAUAAAUAUCGUAGACCACAACUUCCUACAGAUGGCGCAACUAUCAGGAAAUAUCUCCUGACUAAACUAAAAGUUGAAAGGUCAUCUACUGGAAUAAGACCUGCAUCCGCUGUUGACUUUGAAAGAUGCAGUGUAAGAGUUGUGAAAUCAUGGAGGGCGGGAGUUGGCAAGUCCUUGUACAAGAAGAGAAUGGUGACAGAUUUGUACAAACUUAUAACUAACAUUACCAGACGUAAAGCCAGUAAUGUUACUAUACCUUUACAUGAGAAAACUAUCAAUGUUGAUGAUAUAAUGGACAUUUUGUUGGAGGAGACAUUGGCACCACGAUGUCAUGAACCAAGGAUAUUCCACAUAGAUAUUUCACACGUUGUACAAGAAGGAGUUGAUGCUUUUCUGUUCCAGUUGUUAGUUCUUGGAUGUCUAGGUCACAGUACAGGAAAUGUCUGGAGAAGAUCCGAACUUGAUUAUUAUAUUAUCGAAUCAAUGCCAUUACUAGCUAGAGAUAUGGAUGUACAAGGUGGAAAACUGAGAUGCCUACACCAUUGCUUGGACAUUUUACCACAUGUGACCUGCAGAUCUCCACAGGAAAGUUUUGAGAUUUUAAGUAACAUCAGACGUCCUGCAGACUACACAGACCAUGAUAGACUGUUUGAUGGUAUAGAAUUCAAGAGUCCUACAUUCCAAAGACCAUAUCAGUAUCUUAAAAGGCUAGACACUAAUUGUAGACUUGAUGAUGUAAAUUCUCAGAUACCUGAUGGGGAUAAGAAACAGUGUCUGAAUACAUUACUUAAACACUGUGGAAUCAGAGAUCCAUCAUGGUCAGAGUUGUAUCAUUUUGUCAGCUUUCUGAACAAACAGUUACAAGACUUUGAAGUGUCAGCUUUCUGUAGCUUAGCAGCUGGUGAGGACUUACCAGGAUUUGCCAAGUUUGUACUCAGAUUCCUCAUUCAAAUGUCAAGGGAUUUUUCUACCAGAUCAUUGAUAAUGAGUGAGGAAUCUCCAUUACAACUGCUACAGAGACAGAUGAGUGAAGAGGAUCAAGACAAGGAGGGAGAGGAUGUUAUACAGCUGUAUCAGAUGAGGAGAACUUGGGAAACUAGUCCUCAUCCCUACCUGUUUUUCAACCCAGACCAGAAUAGUAUGACUUUCUUAGGAUUUAACAUAGAUAGAAGAACAGGAAACCUGGUUGAUGUACAGACAAAUACCGUUUUAGAACCAGGAAUUAUGGAGAACAAUUUGUUUGAUGCUCUUGUCAGAAAUACAGUCAACCUUGCUGAAAAUUUUGAUGCUCUCCCAAGACUAGAGAAAAUCACAAAGUUGUGCAACGUAAUGGGACUUGAUAUCAUACACGAUCCAGAUGAAACCUAUGAGUUGACCACAGAUAAUGUGAAGAAAAUACUGGCUAUUUAUAUGAGAUUCAGAUGUGAUAUACCAGUUAUUAUUAUGGGAGAGACUGGCUGUGGUAAAACUCGCCUGAUCAAGUUCAUGUGCAAAUUACAGCAACCUCCAGGUGUUAAUGUGGAAAACAUGAUAUUGAUGAAGGUGCAUGGAGGAACAAAAGCAUCAGAUAUUAUCAAGAAAGUAAGAAAAGCAGAAGAAAUUGCCAGGCUAAAUGCAGCAGAAUUUGUAAACACUGAUUAUCGUAACAUGGACACAGUAUUAUUCUUUGAUGAAGCUAACACUACAGAAGCUAUUGGUGUGAUCAAGGAAAUUAUGUGUGAUAAAACUUUAGGAGGAAAACCAAUCAAACUGCAUGAAAAACUCAAAAUUGUGGCUGCAUGUAAUCCAUACAGAAAACAUUCUGAUGACCUGAUAAAGAGAUUAGAGCAAGCAGGACUUGGUUAUCAUGUCAGUGCCAGGGAGACCUCAGAUAAACUAGGCCAUGUUCCAAUGAGACACUUGGUUUACAGAGUCCAGUCCUUACCACAAAGUAUGUUACCGUUAGUCUGGGACUUUGGACAGCUGAAUACUACUGUAGAAGAAAUGUACAUCAGACAAAUGGUCCUCAGAUAUAUAAAGAAUGGCCAAUUGCCCACAUUACAAGGAUUGGAUACAACUGUCAGUAAGAUACUGACUGUAUCACAGGACUUCAUGAGAGAACAAAAGGAUGAGUGUAGUUUUGUAAGUUUACGAGAUGUAGAGAGAGUUCUACAGGUGAUGAGUUGGUUCUUCAGUCAGUCUCAGGAUGAUGACGCUUUGUUCCAGAGGAUGAGAGAUGAUUCAGAAGAUUCUGAAACAGAAUCUGAAGACGAAAGCAUGGAACUAGGACAUGUACAGCAUAUGGAUGAUGUCACUAGGUCACUGGUACUUGCCCUAGGAGUUUGUUACCAUGCUUGUUUGAAGAAUAGAGAGGAAUACAGGGAAACAGUUGCACAAUAUUUUACACAGCCUUUACGUUUAGUAGGUGGUGCUGAUGGCAUUGAAGAGGAAAUAUCAAGAUGCCAAGCAGUAUUUUUGGACAGUGUAGAAUUGGCUCCAAACAUAGCGAAGAACCAAGCCUUGAAAGAGAACGUUUUUAUGAUGAUAGUUUGUAUAGAACUAAGGAUCCCUAUGUUCUUGGUUGGCAAGCCAGGCAGUUCUAAAUCACUGGCCAAGACAAUAGUAGCUGAUGCCAUGCAAGGAAAUGCUGCACAUAAUGAUCUUUUCAAGAGCUACAAACAGGUUCAAAUGGUGUCCUUCCAGUGCAGUCCUCUAUCAGUACCUGAGGGUAUUGUAGGGACAUUCAGACAGUGUGCAGCCUAUCAGAAAGAUAAAAAUUUAGACAGAUUUGUGUCUAUUGUUGUACUGGAUGAAAUUGGUUUGGCUGAAGAUUCUCCUAGGAUGCCACUGAAGACGUUGCAUCCUUUGCUAGAAGAUGGUUGUCCUGAUGAUGAAGAACCUGAAAAAUAUAAAAAGGUUGCGUUUAUUGGUAUAUCUAACUGGGCUUUAGACCCUGCCAAGAUGAACAGAGGUAUCCUGGUUCAGAGAGAGGUUCCGGAUGUCAAAGAACUUACAGAAAGUGCUGAGGGAAUCUGCUCAACCAGUAAGAAGGUCUUGAAACUAAUCAGACCCAUGAUACCAAUAAUGGCUGUUUCUUAUUUAGAUCUAUUUAAAGAGGCAUCAACAAAGAUGAGGGAAUUCUUUGGACUGAGAGAUUUUUACAGUUUGCUGAAGAUGCUGUAUGCUUUUGUGUCUACCUCAAGAAAGAAACCAACAUGGCCUCAACUUGAACAUUGUAUUUUGAGGAACUUUGGAGGACUGGAAGAUGUGAAACCAGUCGAAAUCUUCUAUAAUAGUCUGUCACAUUUAGUGGACAAGACUGAACAGAAGAGAGAAGAGGACCCAGAUUGUACAUCAUCAGGAAUGAUACAGGCUUGUUUAACUGGAGAUAAGGGAGAUAACAAAUCCAAUAGUGAGAGUAGAUACCUGUUGCUGCUUACAGAGAACUAUGGAGCACUGACUGUUCUACAACAGAAAAUCUUCACAAUGGAUAAUGCUGUUGUUAUCUUUGGAAGUAGCUUUCCCAGUGACCAGGAAUAUACACAGGUGUGCAGAAAUAUAAACAGAAUAAAAGUGUGUAUGGAAACUGGAAGCACUGUCAUUCUUUUGAAUCUGGAAAACCUAUAUGAAAGUCUGUAUGAUGCUCUGAACCAGUAUUAUGUUUUGUUUGGAGGAGAAAGAUAUGUAGAUUUAGGACUUGGUUCACAUAGGGUUAAAUGCAGAGUACAUAAGAAAUUCAGAUUGAUAGUAGUUGCUGAGAAACAGAUAGUGUAUGAUAAAUUUCCUAUACCAUUGAUCAAUCGACUUGAAAAACAUUUCUUGUCACUGAAGAACAUGCUGACACCAGCACAGCUUGAGUUAGCAGACAAGCUACAGGCAUGGGCACAACAUUUUUGUGAGGUUAAAGUUCCUGCAUACAUGAGAAAUAUGAGAGACAAGAAGGACAUAAGAAAGAUAGGAGAUGCUUUUAUGGGAUACCAUGCUGACACUUGUGCCGCCAUUAUACUUCAUGUCUGUCAGGAGAAAAGAUGUAAUGAUGAAGCUAUAUUACAGAUUAAAGAGGAGAUACUUAGAGAAGCUCAGUCAAUAUUAUUGUGGUGUGCAACCCCUGCAGCAGUUUUUCAGCUAGGUGACAAACAUGGAGAGAUUUUUAAGACCUACUUUUUAGAACAACACCAUGAAAGUUUGGCAGAUUACCUCCAGUAUAAGAUUGUACAACAACAGAAACAUAAUAUUCAUGUGCAGAUUACAACAAAUUCCAAGCUAUUAGCUACAGCAGACAUAGAGAUCCUGUGCAGAUUUAUACCCAUACAGAAACAAAAUGUAACUUUGCUGACUCUGCAGUCUUUUGAUACAGAGCAACAGUUUAGCAGAAAAAUCAAAUCUUUUUUUGACCACACUACAACAUCUGAUAGCUUAUUGAUAGUGCAAUGUGAUUGUGGGGACCAGAAUGCUGACCUGAUUGCUUGUGCUAGAUACACUGUACAGGGAGAGCUACAACAGAUUAGGGAGGAACGACAUUAUGCCAUCCACGUUGUAUUCCUGAUUCAGCUUCCAGGUAUAGCUGGAGGGUGUUUUACUGGAUUCCAGUGUGGGCUUUGGCAUUCUGUGCACAUAGAUGAUAUUCAUCCUGCUCCCGAAGAUAUACCCUCUGUUGCUGACAUGCAUGGGACGUCAGUCAGUGCUUUGUUGGCCUCCACAAAAACUAGACCAGAGGACGAUAUGGAAGUAGAAGAAGAAACGAAUGAACAAAUGAUGGAAAGAAUGGAAACAAACGAAGAUGAAGUUGAUUUAAUGGAUAUUCAGUUAGAAGUAAAGGCAAAUGAAAAAGGACAGAAAUUCAAAAGACAUUUUAAAAUUGAUAAUUUGAUCAUGAAAUGUUUACAACCAGCUUUGGGUAAUGUUAAAGAUCCUAUGUCAGAUUCCUCCAGAGCUAUAGAUCGAUUGAAGAUAAUACACAACUGUUUGAAACAUGAAGCAGGGGAGGUAACUGUAAUGUCUGGAAUAGCCAAACAUUUAAGUAGUAUCUUGAGAGAGAAGGAAGAAAGUAUUGGGGCUGUAAUUACAAACUGGUUAUCAACAGAAGCCUCUAGACCUGAGAAUAUCAACAGGGCUGGUACAUUCAGGAAGUUUGCAGUUCAGUGCUUAGAAUCUAAAGUUAUUCCAAUAUUGGCUGGAAUCAUUGCCUUCAUAGAUACAAACAGAAAUAUGGAUAUACUUACCAAUAAUCCAACCGAUAGUUGGCACGUCCACAUGUGGGUUGACAUUUUUAAUAAUCCUGAACUGACUCAAUUGAAAUAUUCAUGGAUUGUUUCCCCUACAAGACAACAUGAACUGCAAGAAGUAGCAGUUAAAACUACUUCUAAAGAUGGGAAACCUUUCCCAGCUGUCAUGCCAUUUUCUUGGCUGAUUUUUGGACAAAUUGAAGAUAUCUUGAGAAAAUCAAUUGAAACAAAAGAAAGCACAGAAAGCCAUUUUGAUGUGGUUAUGAAAGCAUCAGAAAUCUUCAAGUCCUUACCACUAGGUGAACUUUUGUCAGGUGUAGAGGGUACCUACAUCCUUGAAGUACUGCAAUGUUACAUCAGAGACUUUGUCUACAUGAUUCAUCCUGUACAAACGAAUUCUGAAUGUCAGCUUUUAUGUGAAAGUGUGAUAACAGGCUGCAGACAUCUUGUAAGAGGAGAAUAUGGAAGAUUAUUACCCUCUUUGUUAGGAUGUCACAUGACCUAUAUUCUGAAUGAUAUGAGAUUUAAGAACUUUGCUAACAUAGUACACAUAUGGCCAGGAUGCAGUCAGAAAAUUCUAGAUUUCCAGCAGGAAUCAUCCAACUUUUAUCUUGUUACAGAUGAGGAAAAGACACUUGAUAUACUAGCCUUGCAUCUGUUAGUUAAUAACCUAGAACCCAAUAAAGAAGCACUGAACAAACCUGAACCUAGAACCAAAUGGUUACGACAAGUCUGUGAUUAUAGACCAGUUGUGGAAAGAAUUUUUGGACAUUUUAGUCAUGAUAUAGAAAACAAGGAAUUUCAGUAUGGUGAGAGAUGUCAAAAAGGAAUAGAAAAUGCAAGAUACCAAUGGACUAGAGCAGUUGUUGUAAAGCUAUUUAUAGAACAUGUUUGUACGGCUGGUAAAGAAGAAGUUGAGAUCAGAAGAUGUAUGCCAUUGUGGGUGACAUUGAGAGAAGGGGCAAAUAUGAAAGAAGUUCAGUCACUUGAAAAAGUUGAAAAAUUUAUCAAAACUUGUAAUAAAGAUGUUGUUACACAGUGUUUUGGUCAACAAGUAAUAUGUGUUGGAUGUGAAAACCCCAUACAAGGACCACCUGUCAGACUGCCAUGUGAGCAUGUCAUCUGCAGGAAAUGUUUGCAGGAUUGCAUUACUCUGAAGGAUUUUGUAUGUCCUAAUUGUCAGAAAGAAUUCCCAAAAGAUCUUGACCCAAACAAAGCUCAAAAGAGUGGUGAAGUUAGAAAAUAUCAAGACUAUAGAAGACGAUGUAACAGUUUCUUCAUGGAGGUCGUAUCACAGCUUUGUUUUGCUGAAGGAACACCACCAUCACAGGAAGUCAUAGAGAAACUUCUAUCCUACAUCAUUGGACAUGUUGGGAAAAAGAAAGUAGAGAGAGUCGUGUCUAAAGAGUUGACAAUAUUUGAUGACUCCAUUGACCCUACACCUGUUGUAAGGUCAUUCCUUCUGCAACAAUUGAUGCAAACGAGUGGACAUGAAAUUGAAAGGAAUUUGUCAAGAUACUUUGACCAUGCCAGUGAAUUAGUCAGAACUACUGGAGAUCCACAUCAUCUGAUUGAGCUUUGUCAAUUGGUUCUACAAUGUAUGGAGGAUUCCUUACAUCAACAAUAUGUGAACAGAGAAGAUGAAGUUGCUACAGUAACCAAAAUGUUAAGGGAGGCUAUACCAAAUAUAGCACAGGACGUACAAACAUUAGAAAAAAUAGACCAUAUUUCAAAAGUUCGAUUUUGCCUGACUGUUGUGGCUAAGUACAUUUACAAUUUGUUUGGGACGGGACAGAAGAACAGGCUAGAACCAGAUAUCAGAAGGUUGUUUGAUGCAGCAGCAAAGCUGUGUGAAGAAUGUGGAUCACCAUGGCCAAGACGAUACUUUGUAAAGCAGUUGUGUAGAUGCUAUGGUAUAGACAGUUACCAGACUGUAUUGGGCAAAAGUGAUGCCAGCUUCCUAAGAUGGGUUCGUCUCCCAGAGCUGAAGGAAAAAAAGGUUGAAGAAUGCCAUGACAGAUAUAUCGUAACUGGUGAUGAAUACAAAGAGUUGAGAGAAACCAUUGUUACUACAGUAUUGAAUGAAGAUGCUGAAAAACUGCAACAACUAUUACAGAGACCAAAGGAAGAAUGGCAGACCAGAAUAAGGUUGUUGUUAGCUUUACACAGAGAGAUCUCUAUGAACAAUGUGUAUGGAGGUCAACCACAAAAGUUCACAGACAAGGGCAAAGAAUUUCUAGGUGAAUUCAUAAUGAACCAUGCUUUAAUAAUACACAAAGAAGUUCCACAAAGAAUACUACAGAAUGCUAUAUGGAGAUUGCCAGGAAACAUAGUACCCAGAAUGCCUCUGGCCGAGCAGAACAUAUCCUGUCUUCUAACCCACUAUUUUGUAUUGAUGACAGAAAUUCCAGGGAAACACACACUGCUGACACCAUUGGUCAAUAUUGCUCGCAAACCUCAGAAAAUGGUUUCCUCAUAUUUACCUACAAUGCCUCAAGAUGAACUUUUAGAGAUAAAAGAAGCAGUUCUAGCAGCUAGAAAGGGUAAUGUGAAUGAAAAUCCAGUGUUUUACAGAUGUCCUAAUGGUCACCCUUACAUCAUAGGAAAUUGUGGCAACCCAGCUUAUGUUGGUGUCUGUAAAGAGUGUGGUAGAGAGAUUGGUGGCCAAGGAUACAACCUUAGACCUGGAAAUGAAUUAGAUGCUGGUGUUGACAGAACUGAAAAAGGUCAUGUUUUAGGCCCAGCAGCCAGACUUGGUCCAUUAAGGGCACCAGAAAGAAAGUUAAACAGAGCUUCAUGUGCUGUUCUUAGACUGUUAACCCACAUGUCAAUGUAUAUAGGCGCUAAUGUCAAUGAACAGGCAGCUAUGCAGACAAUAAAACCUACCAUACAGCAAGGAGAUGUUCCACUAUUUAUACUUGAACACAUAGAUCUGGACCUGACCUCUAUUCAGAAUAUUCUAGGAAAGAAUAGAGAUGAGAUCUUGGCUUUAAUUCAUUUUCUCCUAGCUCAAAUAAUGAACAGUCACACUUUAGCUGUAAUAGGUGAAGAUUAUCCUGCUAAAGUUCGUGGAUUAAAGGACAAAGAUUCCAGAACACAAUGGGAAGAUGACUUUGCCAAAAGAUACAUUUUGCCUAUACUACAGGAUAUGGAAAAUAUUUUGAAAAAAUGUAAUGAUGGGAUAUUGCAAGAUCAAAGACUAGGAGCAGAUCCAUUGCUACAGAUUCUGUAUGAGACAGACCGACCACAAGAAGCACAGGACAUAGUUAUGUUACAUGAUAUUCCAGCUGUAUGGAGAUAUAGAGCUAUGAUAACAGUCAACCACCUUAGACAGAAUCUUGAUACUACAAAACAAAAGUUACCAGUUCUUAGACUUUUCCUUAAAGAAGAACACCAUUUGCGAGCUGUUAGAUUUGUACCAAGCAUAAUUAGACUGCAGAAAAUGUUGAUACAGAAAUACAGCAGAAAACUAGACAGAGCUGAAGCUACAACACUCACAAUAUCUGAUGUUAGAUUACAGAUGAGACAAGAGAGAAGACUAAAAGAAUUUAAUCAUUUGUUGGAAGACUUUUCAAAAGCUUGGAACUGUGUAAGGGAAUCUCUUGAAACUUAUGCAUGUCCAGCCAAUGAGAGUAUAGUAACAGUGGAUAAGGCACACUGUAGAACAGACAUUACAGAGAAGACUGCCAUAUCACACCUCAUACCAACAUACAGGGAUGCUGGCCUCUGUUCAUAUGUUCUGCUAUUUUUCCUACUGAAGAAACAGAAUCUGUUUCUACAAGAGUAUUGUGCUAGAUUUAAAAUCAAAGAAGAAAGUCUACCCAAGGUCCAUGUGAGAGACAUAUCAGCAGCACAUCUAGUCAGCUAUCAUCCAGAUAGAGAUUUGUUGCCAAUGGUAUUAGCCAAUUGUAACUACUCGUUUGAAGUGGGUCAGGGAACCAAAGUGGAAUACAACUUUACCAACCUAGAGAGACAACUCAUGGAUAGAUUCCUUUUCUCAAAGUCUAUCAUAAACAACAUUAAUGAGAUAGAGACCAUCACCUACAGAUCAGAAUCUACUAAUGCUGUGGUCUUCAAAAGUUUAUGUCUGAGAGUAAAGCAGGAAAGAUUAAAUCCAGCAGUUCAGAGCCAGAUUUGUGGAGAGCUACGUCUUAAAUCCUUCCCUGAUUUAUGUGAGAGUAUGGACAAGUUAGAUAUAGCCAUCAGCUUCCUGAAGUCGGUGGGAUCAGAUCCAGAAAGUUCUUUGAGUGACUUCAUGACAAAUACAUUAAAGAUAGAAAAUCCAUUCCCUAGUCCUAAGGCACACCAAGCCACAAGAUGUAAGAAUACCAUGUCACUCUGGAUAACAUUCGCAAUGGAAAGAGCUAAAUGCUUAGCUAAAUAUGAUAAGAAAGCAUUUGAAGGAAUAUCAGAGAAUUUCAAGAAUGCAUUAACAGAAGAACAUAUCGGCAUCAUAGAAGAUAUUUUAAACAAACUUCCUCUAGAACAGAUUGAUGUUUUGGUUGAGUUAUUAUUUGAGUGUAUUGUUCUUAAAAUAGAUGUCCCACAGAAUAUGGAUGAUGAAGAUUAUGUUGAUAUGUCUAAAAUAUGUUUACGUGAUACUUUGUUUGGAUAUCUUGAUGCUUGCCCAUAUGAAGAAGAGGACCUAACAAUAGAUGGUACUCUAAUGACAGCCAUUGGUCAGUUACCAUCAGAGGAUCCCAACAGGAUACUGACAGCACAGUCUAUAGAAGUCUGGAAUCUAAUUAAUAAAGUGUUUACAAGUAAACAAAGACAAAGACGUUAGAUAUCAUGCUGCUGAAAUAGAUAAAAAAUAGUGUGCUAUAGAACAGUUUAAGUUAUACGAGAAAAACUGUUUUACUAAAAACUUUUAAUUGUUUUUGUUUGUAUUUUCAUCGGGAUUUAAUUAUGGAUUUGCACUGUUUGAGUUCUAUCAUGAAACCUUUUAACCAUAUACCUGAGCUUGCAAUUAGUUUUAUUGUGUGUUUAAAGUUUAAGCUUUAUUUAUUUCUUCUGCAGAAUGAUUUGAAGACUAUUGUUCAUAUUUAAGUAUUUUAUUUUUUUGGCCAUGGUAUUUUGAUCUUGUUCUUUCUUUGAUUUAUGUUUUUUGCCUGCCUUCUUGUUAUUACCUUAUUUUUCGUAUGAUCGAAUCAAACCUAGCUAUUAUGUAUGAUGCCUUUAUACUUUUAAAAAUCAAAACAUGUGACAAAUGUCUACCACACAAUUGUUUUACAUGGCACAUAUUUGAAUCAUAUAUGUCAUAUGCUGAACAUAUGUAAAGUGCAUGUGAUUAAGUUGUGGACACAUUUAUGUAAACACAAAUUUCAAAUAUGUAGUGGUAAUCAAGUUUAAAUAUUGUCCAAGCAAUGUGUUUGAACUACUUAGAAAUAUAAUAUUGGGGUUGCUAUGUAUACAAAUUUUAGACUAAUACAUGUACUUAAAAAUGUGAUAUAUAAUGCAUAAUAUGUAUCACAUAUUCACUGUUGUGAUGUGAUAUAUAUGACCAAAAAAAAUGUGUGGAACAUUACUUAUUUCAUUUUGAAAUUUGAAUACUGACAACUUAUUAAGUGCAAUAUUCUUUAUGUAUAUAGAGAAAAUAGUGCCAUCAUUUUCCCUUCUUUAGAGGAUCAAUAGAGAUAAAGAAAUUGUAAAUCAAGUUGUAGUCUUGAUAAUUUUGAAUUGUUUGGCUUAUCAUGCAUUGAUCUGAUUGUUGGCAAGAAUUUAUUUAUUUUGUGUAACACAUUUUUUUCUCUCAGCCUGUAUCAUAAAUAAUUGUCUUUCAUAAGUUUGUGCAAUACAUAUAGACAGUAUUAGUUAUACUCAUUCUGUAAAUUUUCAUGUCUUAUUUUAGAAAAGUAUAUUUGAUUUAUUGUUAUAAUUGAUUUUUAUAUAAAAUAGUUGUGACUUUUGUUUGUACAUGCAUUGCAAUCAUUAUAAUAUUGUUUCUUAAAUUAUAAUCCAGUUGAAAUUUGUAAAGCAACAUCCUUAAAUACAGAUAGCUUUAUUUUUUAGUGAUUUUUCCCUGCCUUUAUUAAAAUGUUUGUUUUUACUCACUAUAUGAUAAAGAUACUGAAAUAUUAUUUGAUUAAGUAUUUCCCUUUCAAUUUCUAUGACAAGGGGCAAUAAUAUUGUUAAUUUUCUGUCUUUUCUAGACUAACAUCUUUUUACAGAAUGUAAUGUAGCACUAGAAAAAAAAAUCUUGAAUAAUGUCUUUUUCUGUCUCCUUCAAAUAUUUUUUGCUUCCUUAGAUAAUCAUUUCUUUGUUUCCGUCCCAUUAAAGUAUUCUGAGAUUAAAAUACCCUCGACCUUCUGUGAAACAUAUAUAAAUGAUGUUUUACUCUAAUAACAUAUAAUCCAAAUAGACGUAUUAAUCUAUUUUAACCAUACCAUAUUUUGUGCCUAUACCUUUAGUAAUAUUACCUAGGUCAAAUAUUAUUGUUUAUCUUUGUAAGUGUAUUUUGUGGGAGGAGUCAGUUGUAAGGGGUUGGGUGGAGUCUGUUGUUAAGGGUUGAGAAGACAUUGUUGUAAGGAGUUGAGGAGAGUCUGUUGUUAGGGGUUAGGAGGAGUCUCAUGUUAGUGGUUGUGGUUGCAGUGGUCUGCUGUAAUGUCCAUUAUUUUUUGGGUAAAUAACUUUUAUGCAUAAAAUUACUGUGGCAGGGAUUUUAUUAUCCUUAACUAAGAAUUUAAUCUGUGUAAAGUAAUUCUUGCAAGCUUAAGCCAACAACAAUGUAAGAAUAAUUAUUUGGAUUCCUGUAAAAGGAAUUAUUGCAAUGUCACAUCCUUUCACAUUUUUAGCAUGCAUUAAAAAUUCACAUAAUGAUUAAUUUCAGAAUUUACAGUAAAAAUGUACUAUUAAAUCAAAAUUGAAAAUGUCGAACAUUAUUUACUCAUGCAUGACAUAUUGUCAUGAUUAUGCAUGAAAUAAU